CACUGCAGCAGCAUAUGCAGAGCAUCUCUGCACGUUUUCAGCAGCGAUGCCCACUUUCACCCUGCUUUCACCCUGCUUUCACCCCCCUGCCCGUGCACAGAUUUGCGUCUACGGAAACUGUGCAGCUCAGCAAACUUCAUUUGGCAGGGAGGAACAGAGGCGCCACGACCAGAAGAGAGCAUAGACUGCUACCCAUAGGACUACUGCAGGGAGUCUGGUCCUUCUCUCCUGCCACCAUGUUGUCGUUUUCCAGGGCUGUCAGUCGGCACUUGCGCGUUGACAACACGAAGACGUCAAGCUUGACAGGCUUUUCUUUCGCACCCGCUCGCUGGAUUCAGGGGGCGACCUCCAGCACCACCGACACAGAAGCUGGUGAAGCAGACACACACGAUGACUUCAAGCCUAGGUACAAGAAGGAGGAUGAAAUUCCAACAAUUCACCAGUUGAUAGAGGAGGACGUCAAGGGGAACCCAGUGAUGGUCUACAUGAAGGGCGUUCCAGAUGCCCCCAUGUGUGGCUUCAGUAGGGCGGUGGUGCAGAUCUUGAAAGCAUACGAGGUCCCAUUCAGCAGUCGAAAUGUCCUGCAAGAUGAGGAGCUGAGGCAAGGCGUCAAGUCUUACUCGAAAUGGCCCACAAUCCCCCAGGUGUACGUGAAUGGGGAGUUUAUCGGAGGGUGUGAUAUUCUGGUCAAUAUGAGCAAGACGGGGGAGCUCGAGCCCAUCCUGGAAGAAGCUAAGAAAGCACAGUCCAAAAGGGUUGGAUGAUGCUUUUGCCCUCUAGUCUCAGACCUGUACAUACGUCCGUGUCCAAAUAAUUGUUGGACCUUUCUGAUAAGAUGCGCCAGCUACGUCGUCAGGACUGAUCAUCUUAUUCGAAAAUAAAGAACCAGAUUUUCACAAUUUUGGUUGCCUUCUUACCUUUAUGUCAUCCAAUCAAGGUGCGGUGGUUAGCACCGGCGUCUUGAAACGCUUAGGUGAGCGUAAAAGGCAAAAACGUCCGAUUCGGAAGACUGCAGCUACAAGCGUUGUCAAUCGGCAGUGGCCAUGCGGCAUCACCAAGAUCAUCCAUGGUGAUCCGUUUUAUUCAUUGCCAACGCAACCUUUGAGUCCAG